AUGUCCUCUUCUUUAAAUAUUAACGAUGUCGUGUCCCGUGUUGCGAAGAAGAAGAACGAAUGGGCUGAGCUUCCCCCGGAGAAGAAACUUGAACUAUUGGAUCGUCUUAUGGAUAAUCUAGAGGAAAACUGCGAACAAUUACAAGCAGCAUCCAUUAUUAAACGUGAUGGAGAAGGAAAUUCUUCUUCUUCUCCUUCUUAUGCUUCUCUUGAACCUCAGUAUCUAUCCGCUCUGCAGAAUUCAUCAAGUUGUGUGCACUGGCUACAUUCCUCCAUGCUCCUCAGCAAUUGGUUGGGUAUAAUAAGGGAAUACUUUGAUUCUGUCGUUAAGACGGGGGCCCCUCCUGCGCCAUUGGAGGUAAAGGAGGCCCCUACACCUGAAGGAAAACCUCAACGAUAUUUUGUCAAGGUUGGCCCUAAAGGUUUAUUACAUACAACAUUAGUUACUUGUGGAUCAAUGGAGUUAUUAGUAGAGGGGCCAAUUGAACAAGAAAUGAUUCAUCAAAGACCACCAGGACUAACGGCUAUCUUAGGCGCAGGGAACUUUGACGGCCCUGUUGAUUUACUUACUUCUUUAUUUAUUGAGAACAAAGUUUGUGUUUAUAAGAUGAGUCCUUUUAAUGCUGGCUUAUUGGAUCCAUUAAGUAAAUUAUUUGCUCCUCUUCUUGAUGCUGAUUAUUGUGCAUUUAUAUUUGGAGGGGCAGAAGAAGGCGCAGCGCUACUACAACAUCCAGAGGUCUGCAAAUGGUAUAUGACAGGUCGUACAGACAGCUUAAAUGGCAUGCGGCGAGAGGAGUUCCUUGAUUUGGUGCGGAUGUACAUUGAAGACAUUUACUACGUUGGGUGUUAUUACCCUGACUUCGCUAAGAGGAUGGAGUCCUAUAAACAACAGCUGAUUGACAUGGGUAGAAAACCUGAAGAAUUUGAAGUAUCCGAAACAUUCUCUCCUUGCUGCGGAGAAGUUCCUCUAGAUACGGAAAAUACUAUUGAAGCCUUCCUUCCUGCUGCUGUUCAAUACACUAACAAUAAAGUACAUGGAGGACUGUCAGUCAGCAUUUCUGUUCGUCCUUCAACUCCCGCAGAAGAGAAGGUAGUAGAAGAGGCAAUAAGCAACUUAAACUACGGCGCUGUGCAGAUAAAUACGGACACAAAAUUAAGCAUCGCUUUCCCUUCUCUUGUAUGGGGAGGAUGUCCUGGAUCAACCAUUUAUGACUUAAACUCAGGCAUUGGAUUCAUUGGCAAUUGUUUUGGCAUAAAGAGGCCCCUUAAGUCUGUUAUAAGAGCUCCUUUCUUAAACUUUACACAAAUG